AUGUUGACAUCGAUAAAUCCAUAUGAAAUAAUUGAAUUUUACUAUGUUCGUUAUUUUUGUUUGACUCUGUUAAUUUUUGGAACAUUUGGUAAUAUAGUUAAUAUUUGUAUAUUUACAUGUUCAAAAUUUCGUUCAGUUUCGUGUUCAUGGUAUUUUUUAAUUGGUACAUUUGAAAAUUUCAUUGCACUUUAUAUUGGAUGUCUUACACGUUUCCUAUCAACAUUUAAUAUUAAUCCUACAACACCAUUAUCAGCUUCUCUAUAUUGUAAAUUUCGAUCAUAUUUUACCUAUGGAAGUUUAUCUACAUCAAUUUGGCUUAUUAUUGGAGCAUGUAUUGAUCGAUGGGCAUCAAGUUCUUCAAAUGUUCAAAUAAGAUCAAUAAGCACUAUUAAAAUGGCGAAACGAAUUCUCCAUCUUAUUUACAGUCCAAUAUUAUAUUCUUAUAACGGUUCAUAUCAAUUGCCAUCAUCAGAUUGUAUUACACUUACUCCAAUAUGGCAAUUAUAUAUUAGUGCUGGUUUUUUUCUUACUUAUUCAUUUUUACCCUGUUGUCUCAUGUUAAUAUUUGGUUUAAUGACAAUUGAAAAUGUUCGAACAAGUCGACGACGUAUAGCACAAAUACAAAAUACGAGGAAAACAUCAAUACAAAUGGCUUUUAUGCUUUUUAUGCAAGUUAUUUGUUCGAUUAUUAUUUCAUUACCAAUUUCUUUACAAAGUAUGUACAAUGUUUUAACAAGAAAUGAUUACAAAUCAAUCGAACAACAACAAUUGGAGAAUUUUCUCAAUACUCUAUUUGUAACGUUUACAUUUAUGAAUAGCGCAAUAUCAUUCUAUAUAUUUACAUUGACAGGAAAAAUAUUUCGAAAAGAAUUAAAGAAAUUUUUAUGUUAG